AGAAAGGGCAUUGAAAUUAAAAAGGGAUUGAUGUAAUGCCAUCAUAAAUUCUAUGUCAAGUUCAUCGGUCCAAAGAUUACGAAAUAUAAAAUAAAAAAAAUUAUUUGAAUCCCAGCGAAAAAAAAGUAAAAAAAAUAAAAUUAAAAAUUAAUUCAGAAAUGCCGGGACUUUUAGAGUCUGUAUAAAAGCAUGAAAGACUUAACUGUCAGUAUCUCAGUCUGAUUUAAUACGUGACAUUGUUUGUAUCGGCGUCCUGUAGAAUAUAAUUUAACAUAUAUAAAUGCAAUUAACAAUAAAGUGUAAACAAAGUGACGUCAGUUGACGACGAUAAGUAAUAAAACGUGUAAGUGAAAGAUGGUCAUCACAAUCCUGUUGGUCCUCCUCAGCACAGCAGCAGCCAGUCCCCUCUCUUACGUCACCAACAUCUUAAAUUACUACAAACUUUACCCGCCAUUUCCCGGUCUCCUCAACAAAGAGCCCGAGCUCCUGCCAUCUUACGAUUUCAUAAUAAUCGGGGCCGGUUCCGGAGGUUCAGUUUUGGCGAAUCGUCUCAGCGAGAUUUCCCACUGGAAGAUUUUGCUCCUCGAGGCGGGUAAGGACGAGAUCUUCUUGACCGACAUUCCCCUACUGGCAGCCUCCAUGCACCUGACGUCUUACAACUGGGGUUAUCGUACCGAAAAAAGCGAUAAAAAUAAAACUAACGGUUACUGUCUUUCAAUGAUCCAAGGUCGUUGUAAUUGGCCGCGAGGUAAGGCCGUAGGCGGGACAUCUGUAAUAAAUUUUAUGAUCCACUCUCGUGGCUCGGCUCAAGAUUACGACCAAUGGUCAGCACUGGGUAAUAAAAAAUGGCGAUACCAAGACGUGUUUCCGUAUUUUAUUAAAUCUGAGCGUUUUAUUGACGAAAAUUUGGGCGUUAACCCGAAAAUAAACUCGACAAUUUAUGGUCAUAACGGAUAUUUAGACGUGACGGCAGUACCGUGGACCUCUAAGCUGCGGGAUAAAUUUAUUCAAGCUGGUGAAGAACUAGGUUACGAAUCAAAAGAUUGUAACAGUAAACAUCCGAUAGGUUUCUGUCCAGUUGCCGUCAAUUUACGUCAUGGGAGACGACUCAGUGCCGCCAAGGCGUACCUGCGCCCUAUAAGGCAACGUCCUAACCUUCAUAUCUCGAGGAAUUCUUUGGUAACCAGGGUUAUCAUUGAUAAGGACAGGGUCGCUAGAGGGGUUGAGCUGAUAAAAAAUGGCCGAAGGUUUAAGGUCAUGGCUGGUAAGGAAGUUUUGGUGAGUGGGGGAAGUUUAAACUCACCACAGAUCCUGAUGCUGUCGGGAAUCGGCCCUAGAAAACAUUUAGAAGAAAUGGGAAUUGAGGUUAAGGCUGAUUUGCCGGUUGGUCACAAUCUUCAGGACCAUGUCAGCAUGGCGGCGUUGACCUUUUUGGUCAAUGACACGGUCAGUAUUGUCGAGUCGAGGAUCGCGAGUAAUCUUAAGGACACUUUUGAUUAUUUGGCUUAUGGUCAGGGCCCAUUUACUGUGCCGUCGGGGGCUGAGGCUUUGGCUUUUGUUGAUACUAAGAGGGGAGAGAAUGACGGAAAGGACAAAAAGAGAGUGGGGGUGAGUGAGAGAGGGGAGAGACAUCGUAUGGCUAAUCUGAGUGGGAGAAAUGAAAGAGAGGGGAAUUUAUCGAAUAGAAUCGAUGACAAAAAAGAUAUCGAAAAUGAACCAGAUAUAGAAUUAGUAUUUGGCAUUGGCUCGAUGGCUGGUGAUUUAUCAGGAACCUUACGAAGUAUAUUUUCAUUACCCGACAGUUGGUACAGUCAAGUCUUUAAGAAUUAUGUCGGCCAUGAUGGAUUUAGUAUCGUCCCAGUAUUAUUGCACCCAAAAAGUCGGGGUCGGGUUAUGCUGCGAAGUAAAAAUCCUACAGACACCCCAAUGUUGAUUGCAAAUUAUUUUGAUAAUGAAGAAGAUUUAAAAACGCUUGUUAGAGGAAUUAAAAAAGCCCUUGAAGUAGCAGACACACGAGCAUUUAAAAAAUACAAUGCGACUUUGCUGCCGGUUCAAUUCCCAGGAUGUACAGAAAUAACUUUCAGGACGGACGAGUACUGGGAAUGCGUUUGCCACCAAGUUUCGACGACACUCGGCCAUUUUGUCGGCACUUGCAAGAUGGCGCCGAGGGAACAAGAUGGCGUGGUGAGUGAUGAACUUAAAGUUUAUGGGAUACAGAGACUGAGAGUCGUCGAUGCUAGUAUUAUGCCAAAUUUAAUAUCAGGGCACACUAAUGCACCUACUUACAUGAUUGGGGAGAAAGCCAGUGACAUGAUUAAAGACGAAUGGCUGAAAUAAAUAGGUUUUUUAAAUUAUUAAAGUCAUAUCUUGAAAGUUCAUAAAAUUACGCGUAAAAUGAGUACCAACAUCGAUAUAUUCUGAUUGAGUGGUCAUUGGCUCAUUUAAUUAAUAAUUCAUUAAUUAGCAGAUGGUUUUUUUGCAAUUAUUAGGAACUAAAAAUUUUUUAUCGGAAUUUGGACGUGAUGUCUUUGAAGCUGAGGUGAUUUCCAGUAAAAUGAGUACCCACAUUAAUAUGUUCGAACGGGGGUCAAAUUUAAUUAAUUAAUUGAUCGAUUAAUUAAUUAAAUUUGACCGGCAUCAAAAUAUAUGAUGUGGGUACUCAAAUUAGAGGAAAUUUACCCCCGAAUUUCGAGAGACUAGUAUUUUUUUGAUUAAAUUUAAUUUAUAAAAUAUAUCACCAGAUAUUCCUUUAAAUAUGAGUUUAAUUUUUUAUGAAUUACAAGAUCUGCGUGAAAAAAAUAUAAAUGAAAAAACAGAAACGCAAUAGGCCUAUAGUAUUACGUGAUGACUCACAAUGUAUAUAGAGUUACGGAGUACAACUCAUCCUCAAACAAACGGGAUCGACAUCCGACAAAAAAAUACGAGACGUAAAUUAGAUUUAGUCACGCAACCUUUACCCAACAACAAUCGAUAGGUCAAUAGUUCAUGUGAACUUUUAAGAGGCUUACAUAUUGAAAUAAACAAAUCAAUCGUCUGUUUAAAAAAAAAUAAUCAUAUUAUUGUUUGUAAAUAUCUACAUU